AUGGCGACGAGUGACGUCAUCUACAUCAAGCCAAUCAGCGUCGUUUACGCAAACAAUGUCGAGCUAAUCGUUAAUCACCUUCUGCAGACUGGGCGGCCGCCAUUCGCACCGAUCUUAUGGCUUUCCAUCCUUGGGCUAACUCUGGCGAGACCACCGAAUCAGAUCGAUUUAACGGCGUCCAAAGGACUCGGGGAACAACAAAGGCAGAGAGCAUCGAGAAGUAUAUGGCCGUUCACUUCCUCAGCAACGACAACUGAGGCCCCAGAAAUCUAUCCAGCUCCGGUGCCCCAGAACAACGAUUGGUUUAUCCAGGGCGAGACAGCAAUACCCGAGGGAAUCGAUCUGACCAAAUAUCCGGUUUGGAAAAUCCACAAAUACAACGGCAUCGAUCUUCACCCGGUAAAUCUUCAGGCACAGAACUUAUAUCCGCCGGAAGGGGACAUAGUUGAGGUGGGAUAUGCGCCGGGGUCAAGUGCAUCCUUGGACUAUGCUUCGAGUAGCUACUCAAACGGUUACCAGCAAUCAGGACCCGCUCAUGAGACUUAUCCGACCGGAUAUUCACCGACGUAUUCAUCCCCGUCGGCACCGUAUCCCGCUGAAGUAGAGAACCAUAACUCUGGUGAAUACCACAGCUCCGGUUUCACAGCUGAAACCGGUGACUACAACAUUCAGACGCAACAGAAGUAUGAGACCUACGUGUCGCCACAGUCGCAAACUCAGGCUCAGCCACUCGCGGAUUACCGACAAGCUUUUCCGGAGGCUUCACAAAUCCCACACGCCAACUAUGGACCACCCAACUUGCACAGCGUUGACUACCAAAGAGGACAAAUGCAGAUGUACGGUCUGGGCGAAGGCCAGAGCUCUUUGGUCCAGCCCCAGUCACUGGAGGAAGAAAAACCCGACUUGAGCUUCUUGGACAACCUCGGUGGCCUCGGCCCUUUCCUGCCCGAAGUCAAGGACGACGAGAUCGGAAGUGCGGAACACAGGCUCAUAUAG